UACCAACUCCUGCUGCUGAAAGGUAUCGAGAAGAUCCGAGUUGGCAAAUCAGGUAAUUCCCAAGUUGGCCCCUCCCCUUGCACUCCUCUUUGUGAAUUGAGUCGCCGAGAAGAAUGGUUAAAAGCUAUUGGAAACACCCCCUUUUCAAGAAUCCUUCGAAAUGGCUUACUAUAGAAAGAAGUCAUGCUUCUAACUUGUACCAGAACAACCCCACCGAGUACUAUGAUCCCAAGGGCUUGGAAGGGAAUCCAUUUGCUCUCGGGUUACUGCAGAUUGUUGAGAAUACCACUACUUCGGCUACAUUGAAUACGUUAAUACCAAUUGAAGUACAACCCAAUAAGGCUGAUCUUGAUCCUCAGAUUCUGCAAAAAGAUAAAAAAUGGUAUAUUUUACCAUUUAUUCAACCAAUAACUGAGCAAAUUUCUAGAAGAGAAUGUUUAAAUUCGAAUAUUGGACACAUUCCAAAUAAUCGCCAAUUAGUACAAAAUGUAAUUAAAAAGCAAUCCCAUCGACAAUAUUUACCAGAAAGAUUUAGAUUUGACUCUUUUAAUACGUCAAGUCUGCGUAAACCAAUAAUGACAUCAAGUUUUUCCGACUCAGUACAAGACGAAUUGAAGUAUUGGAUUAACAAACUAAUGGCCAAUGCCCAAAUAGAGCCGGUGACUGACGAUGAAAGUCAAAUUAAUGGAUUAAUAAUUGAAUACCCCGUUAGUAAACCUAAUUAUAUAACAAAUAUCGAAUACGUUGAUGGGAAACCACAUAUUCAGUUAGGUGAUCUAAUAGAUUGCCCCCAGAAUACUAGUUUUUUCCUACCGUUCACAAAAAACACUGAUCUUUGUUAUUUCAUCAUCAGCUUAUGUGAUUAUAAUCAGAAUACGCGAAUUGAUCGCUGAAUCAAACUUUGUGAUCUUAAUUAGCUUUUAUCUCUUU